UUUGAAGGUCUACGGAGUAUAUGUUGACGAAUCCGUAGUAGGUCAAAACUUGGAAACUGUAGAGUAUUUUGCUACACCUUAUAAGGCGGCAUACGAAACUGAUUCCCUCGUCGAACAAUUUUCCGAUGCUCUGAAAUACUUAAUAUGUUCAACCAUAGAGUUUCAGCAUUCCAAGGAGUACCGGGAUUUGUCAAUAAAAAGUUUUAAUUAUUUUGAGCUCACGGCAAUAAAAUUGGAGCACACGCCUGCUGCUGGGUUUGUUCCUGCUCCCCCAAAGAUAAAAAGUCGUAAUGCCAUUAUUAAUGUACGAAAUAAUGAUAAUUUCUGUUUCAAAUGGAGUAUAUUGGCUUAUUUUGAAUUUAUAAAAUUUCAAAAUACUACUUUUCAAAAGGAUUCGACAAAGAAACAUAAAAGAGAAUGUUUAACAUCCCCCUCACACUAUAGGGUUUUGGAUAUUUCCAAAGACAUAAUUUAUUACGAUGAUGUUAGACUGGACUUUUCUGGAAUAGAGUUUCCUAUAGGUAUAGAAGGCAUUAGGCGAUUCGAAGGUAGUAACCCGGACUUCAGCAUUAAUGUUUAUGAAGUCGAUGAUGAUGGAAACAACGUCGUUGGACCGACUUUAAGAACGAAGGAAAUACGAGUCCGUCAUAUUAAUUUGCUGGCUUUACAUAAUGGGAGUGAUGAAACAAUGCAUUACGCAUACAUUACAAACAUGUCCAAACUAUCCUAUUCACAAUUUACAAAAUCAAAAGCGUGUGCUAAUUUUUGUGAGCAUUGUUUGCAAUUUUAUCCUGUGAAAGGCAGCAAGCCUCAUGAUUGUGGAAACGAACCGGAGGCCAUUUACCCCAUGCCAAAAAGUAAACUCUAUUUUAGAUCGCGCUCAAAAAGCAUAUCUCCGCCGGUUGUCCUUUACGCCGAUAUAGAGUCUUCUUUGGAAUCUGUAUCUUCGGCAGCUUGGGCUGCCUCUUUUUAUAUUGUCCACUAUUAUAACCCUCAUUUAAAUGAAAUCUUUACGUUUGAUGGUUCCGAUUGCAUAAAGAAGUUCUGCGAAACAAUGAAAGAUAAACUGCGCGGCCUGUAUUACAAGUACUGGAAAUACCCAAAAACCAAAAAUCACACCUUUGACGAAAAUACGCAAAUGUCUGGAAUAUGUAGUGUCUGCAACGAAGAAGACGGCGCAGAUAUGGAUAGGUUUUUCCAUCAAUUUUCGGGAGUGUACCUGGGCCCUGUCCAUGAGGCCUGCAAAACCAAGUUUAAGCUGUUUCAUCCGUUUUUUCCAGUAGUUUUCAAUCAUCUAACUAGAUUCGAUAUAAAUUUAUUAUUUAGUGAACUGGGAAAAGAUGUAAAAGCCAUUCCUGGCAAUCAGGGGUUGUAUUCAAUGUUUAUUCUAAAUUAUGUGAUCAGUGGAUGUGAUCGGUUUCAAAUUAAAUUUUUAGACUCCAGUAACUUUUUGCGUUACAAUGUAGAAAAACUGUUCAGCUACUUGGUUAAGGACAAAUUAACAAAUCUCAGGAAUAAAUAUCCAGGUUUGCAAUUUGAGCCGAUGUGUCAGAAAAGGGUAUUCCCCCAAAACUACUUAGAAAGUAUGGAACAACUUCAAGAUCCACAACUACCUGAAAAGGAACUUUUUCUGUACUUCCAAAAAAAUACAUUUAGUCUUCAAGAUUAUAAAAUUGCUUGUCAGGUUUGGGAUAUUUUUAAUUGCCAUAGUAUUGGAGACUACUUAAAAAUUUACUUGGAAAGAGAUGUUAUUAUUUUGGGCGACGUUUUCGAAUACUUUCGAGGCCUGUGCCUAAAUGUAUAUAACCUCGACCCACUAAACUAUUCUACAGCUCCUUCAAUGUCUUGGGAUGCGAUGCUGAAAGUUACAAAGAUAGUUUUGGAUUUAAUUAGUGAUCCCGAAAUGCAUUCUUUUUUAAAAAGCGCAGUACGAGGGGGACUUGUUCAAUGCAACCAAGAGGACGUCACAGCAAAUAAUGAACUCUUAAAUAGUUUCGAUCCCAGUAAACCCAUUACCUAUUUAGCUAGCAUUGAGGCAAACAACUUGGACGAUUGGGCGAUGAGUCAGCCACUACCAUUCUCUAACUUCUCAUUUUUAAAUGAUAAGCAAAUUCACCAAUUCGAUGCUACCAAAAUAUCUUCAGAUGCAGAUGUAGGUUACGUUUUGGAAGUAGACCUCGAGUAUCCCACUGAUCUUUAUAGAAGUCAUGAUGGCUUGCCUUUUUGUCCUCAAAAUCGAACUCUUUCAAGUGGAUAUCAUCAAAUAGUGACUGCCGAUUUCAGUCACAAAAAAAAUUAUGUUAUUCAUUUAAAACACCUGCAAUUAUGUUUACAGAAUGGGCUGGUCUUAACGAAAAUACACCGAGUAUUAUCUUUCAAUCAAUGCCGAUGGUUAAAAACCUACAUUGAUGUUAAUAGAUUGCGAAUAAAGUUGUCUGAGAAUGAGUUUGAAAGGAAUUUUUUUAUGUCAAUGAAUAGUUUUAUAGUUGGUAAAUCAUUGGAAAAUGUGGAAAAUCAUUGUGAUAUUGUACUAUUGACACAUUAUCGGUCAGGACGGAAUUCCCCUGGAUUUAGACAAAGAGUUACAAGAAAUAAUUUUCGAGGCGUUGAGAUAUUUCAAAAUAAUUUAGCUGCAAUCAUGUCAGCCAAGACCAACAUUUCUAAUGAUAAACCAUUGUAUAUUGGAGUUACCGUCUUAGAAAUGUCGAAAUGGUUUAUGUACGAACAUUAUUAUAAUUUUCUUUCUGUUAGAAGUCCUUCUUUAAAAUUAAUCUAUGUCAGUAAUAAUUUAUUUGUUGCUUUGCUUAGGGAAAAUUUUAAGAAACUGAUGGAAAAAAAUUCAGAACGCUUUGAUAUGUCGAAUUAUUAUAAAGGCGACCAUAAUAAUACUUUAGAAUUAAUGCAAGACAAAUAUGGCGGACAAAUAGUGGCAAGGUAUAAGUAUGUAUAAGAAAUAAGCGUAUAAAUAUAAAAUAUACAUAUAUAUAAUAAAUAUUAAUAUCGAAAUGUUAAAGAAAAACAUCAGUUUUUAUCCAAAAAAUAAAGGGGUUAGGUAGUGGUCCAAAUGUGGAACCUUGUUGAACGCGGAAUUAAAUUUCCAAUAAUUUUGCAUUCACACCUAAAAAUUUUAUUUUUGAUCAAUUUUUUCAAAAAAAGACGGUGCUACCCCUUACAAAAAAGGCAAAAUUUGUGAAAUUUUUAAGUUUGAAGUAUCAGGCAGAAAAUGACUGCGAUCAAUUUUCUAGCUUGUUAGCUGUCCAAAACAGUGCGUGUUUUAGGUUUCGUACCCUUUUUGACAAAGUUACGCCAAAAAAGGUGAAAGCAAAAUAUCGGUUUUAGCCAAAAAGCAAAAAUCUUAAUUUUUCACCCAAAAAAUUUGUCGUACAAGUGUGGAGUGUCGUACCUUGUUAAACGCGCAAUUAAAUUUUUAAUCAAUUGGCAUUCACACCUAAAAUUUUUAUUUUUCAUCAAUUUUUUCAAAAAAAGACCGUGCUACCCCUUUAAAAAAGUGCAACUUUUGCGAAAAUUGUCAUACCUAGUUAAUCUAUGUAAAAACUCAUAGUAACUUAGAUUUAAUGCGGCGAAAUAUUGACUGAG